CUACGGUACUUCGUCGGUCAUGAGCGUACGGGUGCAGGUGCUUGGAGGCUACCGUCGGCUGCUGCGCGCGAGUCGCCAGGCGUUCCGCGGCGACGCGUACGCGCUGCAGCAAGCGCGCGUGGCGCUGCGCGAGAACUUCCAGGCAAACAGCCAGGUGAGCGACCGCGAGCAUCUGGAGGAGCUGGUCAAGGGCAUCGACGAGGCCGAGGGCAUGCUGCUGCACCACAUCGUGCAGGGCCGCGCCAAGCAAGAGGAGGGCGAGGCCGCGCCGCGCUUCGAGGUGAAGCUCACCGACCCGCAGCGCCAGGCCAUGCGCAAGGACGAGGAGAUCACGCCGCUCACGGAGAAAUCGGCCAGCGAGCCGCUCGUCAUGAACUCGGGCAACGUCUGCCAGCGCCCAUCGUAAGGAGGCGGGCGGCAGACAGUCGAUAAAGACAACAGUGAAUAUAUGCAGCGCGUUCGGCUUGAUGGGGUCAGUGGGAGUGUACGAAGAUGUAGUGAAGUCUGGUGGCAGGUUGUGGAUUCAAGCGUCGGCGUUUUGCACUUCAGACGGAACACGAGUGCACAUUCAAUACGAGGAUUGUAUUUUGAAGUCUUACACACGCUUCACCGCCACGUCAGCCUCAGCUUCUGCGGUCUUCAACGCUUCCUUCUUCCUCCAAACUGACGCGGGACGAUCACUCAAGACACUCAUCCAUCCACUUACAUAUAAAUCAUCUAUUCGCGAGUAAAUAUCGGGAGGUUGGCUGUCGUCCCCUUCAGCUUGCGUCGCACAGGCGGAGUCCUUCCAUCCGUCUUUCGUUUGUCUGUAUAAAUCCUUGGGCCUUGGGUCGCCAUGCUCGCCAUGCUCGCCACUUUAAGGUAGUAUCUCAACUCUGGGUCGUUACUCGGCCUUGAUGGCCGUGCCGCGGCUGACCUUCCAGGCGUCGUACAGGUACUUGCCGUUGAGCAUGUCCACGAGCGUGCGGAACGUCGACUGCGUCUGCUGCUUCUUGCCCUUGCCGCCGCUCUUCUCGUCCUCGCCGUCCUCUGUGAGCGCCGAGACCUCCUGGUCCGUCAUGGCCUGCGACAGCCCGAUCAUGGCCACGAGCAGCGACAGCAGCAGCAGGAUGU